GGUUUCAUUGUUGGCGCUCGAAUGUUCAGAAAGGGAAUUGGUCGGCGCCUCAGUAUGUGUGCCGUUCGCGCCAAGGCGCGUCAGGCUGCAAUGCUGGCUUGCAGGUGACGUCCGCCUGCGGUCAGCCCAGUGAAUUUGAUGCUUUGCUUUACUUUUAAGAGCGGGUCGCUCCACCUUGCGCGCACAUCCUUGGGCAAUCGACCAGAUAAGCGCGCGCGAGGUUGUUGUGUCUCUGGCGCGAGACCCCGCAAGUGCAGCUUCUUUCUCUUCACCGCGGAGGCGAUCGUUUAUUUCAUUUCGCCUUGCGUGCACACCCGUGGGCAAUCGACCAAUAAGUGCGCGCGAGGUUGUUGUGUCUCUGGCGCGAGACCCCGCAAGUGCAGCUUCUUUCUCUUCACCGCGGAGGCGAUCGUUUAUUUCAUUUCGCCUUGCGUGCACCCCCGUGGGCAAUCGACCAGAUAAAUGC